UGCUAUCCGGAGAGUCAGGAUUACCGAGAGAACGACGGAAAGAGUCAGUGGGGAAGUCAAAUAACCAUAAAGUACCACGUAACAUUUUUGACAAAAUCACAUCUGUUGACACAUAUCUAGUGUUAAUACGUGAUCAACUAAUUAAGCUAUGUCGACCCCGGCUAGAAGGAGACUUAUGAGAGAUUUUAAACGGCUACAAGAGGAUCCCCCAGCUGGUGUUAGUGGAGCUCCCUCUGAAAACAACAUCAUGGUGUGGAAUGCAGUCAUAUUUGGCCCUGAAGGAACUCCUUUUGAAGAUGGUACAUUUAAACUCACUGUAGAAUUCACAGAAGAAUAUCCCAACAAACCUCCCACAGUACGAUUUGUGUCAAAGAUGUUUCAUCCAAAUGUCUAUGCAGAUGGAAGUAUAUGUUUGGACAUUCUACAGAAUCGUUGGAGUCCUACCUAUGAUGUGUCUUCUAUUCUUACAUCUAUCCAGUCCCUGCUUGAUGAACCAAACCCCAACAGCCCAGCCAACAGUCAGGCUGCUCAGCUGUACCAGGAGAACAAACGGGAGUAUGAGAAGCGUGUAUCUGCCAUCGUAGAACAAAGCUGGAGAGACAGUUGACCUGACAAUCCUGACAGCUGCUCUCUCUGUUGUUAAGUUGUGUGUGCUGCAACUUUUAGUGGAGUACCUCUUAAUUUUUUUGCCCCCCCCCCCCCUUUAACCUUUUUGAUUUUAAGCUUUUAUGCACUUUACCUUCAAUUUCCCUUUAUAGAUUUCUUUCUUGCCUGCCAAGAAGAAUUUAUUUUUUCUAUUAUAUCCCCCUUUCCAAUCCACCAGGGGAAUGUGCUAAAUCUUGCCUUGAUAGUUUAUCAGUAUGGACUUGUGGGCCAUUACCUAAAAAAUCUGGUGUGUUCUAACUUGCUGUAAUAGCUACCCAUGACUACUUAUGUUAAAUGUUUUGAGGGUAUAUUGGGUACGUCAUGGGCCUUUUUCUGUUGUGCUCCUGAUCUGCUCUGAAAGCUCUGGUCUCCUUUACGAUCACUCUACUUUUCCUUAGAGGAAUGAGCAGCCCAAGCAUCAUGGACUACAACUAAACGAGACAUCUUGACACCGUCUUUUGCUGUGUUGUGAACUCUGUUACAUGCAUGACAGAUAGUGUAUUCACAUCCCUGUUCUGUACUCAUGUAUAUAAGAACCUUGCAACUGAAUUUAUGUACAGAUUUUGCACUGGUUGUCCCUCAUGUCAUUUUUUUCAGCACUUGUAAAUAAAUAAAAAAGCUAAUUUAUCUUUAA